AUCUCUGCCACUGCUCGGUGUCGUUGUGAUAUGCGCCAUGGUUGGCAAGACUUUACAGGUAUCAGGAUUUUCUCUGCAUGACACUGCCGAGUAUGUCAAGGAUCUGUUGGAGCGAAUUGUUGGCUCUGGGAAUGUGUAUGCAUUAAAGCUCAGGCAUCCAAAGAACAUCACUGCUACCUCAAGAGCAUUUGCUAUAGUUCAGUUUCAGAGCGAGGAACAUGGUUCACUUGUAAAAAUUGCGGCUCAGAGAAACAUACUCCGCAGUGGGCGUUAUUAUCUGAAGGUCCAUCCUUCAGACCGUGACAUUGUUCCAAGACCGAGAGUUUCAAUGUUCAAACUAGAGGAUGCAACACUGCAUAUUGGUUGCUUGCUUAGGGAAAGAGUUUUAUCUGCUCUAUGGAGUCGAACAAAAGUUUCUGUAGAGUUUGGUUUCAAUCUGAAAAAGAUCUACUUUCACCUACAGCUACCCAGCGGAUCAACCGAAUUCAAACUUGAACUUUCCUAUGAGAGCAUAUGGGAGAUCGAGCUUCACCGUCCACCUAGGUCGCAAACAAAGUUUCUUUUGAUUCAGGUUGAAGCUGCGCCUAAGAUUUAUGAACCGACACCACGCCGUUCCGGUGUUAUGUUCGAAGAUCCAUCGUUCAACUAUUUUAGGGAUUCUACAGAUGACCAAUGGACAAGGACAACAGAUUUUACUGCAUCUUCUUGCAUUGGGCAGUCUUAUAUUUUAUGUCUGGAGGUACCAUGCUGUCGUGAUCUCCCAAACUUUCGUGAGUACUUUUUUUACUACAAAGAGUACAAUCAUGACUUCGAGUGUCAGAGAGGGGGGCAUCCAUAUUCUAAUGAUACUCGCUUUGUACCGAUUGUGAAAUCUCCUGGUUAUGUCCCAUACGAGAUACUCUUCAAGAUCAACCAUUUGGUUCAGAAUGGGUCACUUAGCGGACCAACAGUUGACGGCAGCUUCUUUCGUAUGGUCAACCCAGCUUUUUUUCCUAUUGACCAUAUAAAACGUGCACUUGAAAUGAUGUCAUAUUUGAAAAAGACCUGCUUGAAUCCAACAAGUUGGCUGUCUGAACAAUACUCCAAACUGCGGAGAUCACGCUACGUGCAAGCAUCACCAAGCAUACUUCUGGAUGAUGGAUUGGUCUAUGUCUACAGGGUGCAAGUUACACCUGCUAAAGUGUAUUUUUAUGGACCUGAGAUUAAUGUCUCCAAUCGUGUAGUACGGAAUUUUUCUGCUGACAUAGAGAAUUUCCUUCGCAUUUCAUUCGUUGACGAGGACUGCGGGAAACUCCGUGCAACUGAUUUAUCCCCCCGUUCUUUAGGACCUGAUGCAAAGAAAACUGCUCUGCAUAACCGAGUUUUAUCAGUCCUUUCAAAUGGCAUCACUAUUGGUGACAAGAACUUUGAGUUUCUUGCUUUUUCUUCAAGCCAGCUUCGGGAUAACUCUGCAUGGAUGUUUGCUUCUCGUCAAGGGUUAACUGCUAGUGGCAUUAGAAAGUGGAUGGGGGAUUUCCGGAACAUCAGAAAUGUAGCAAAAUAUGCCGCAAGACUUGGUCAGUCUUUUAGUUCCUCAACCGAAACCUUAAAGGUAUACAAGCAUGAGGUGGAAGAAAUCUCAGAUAUAACAAAUGGUACAAAGCAUGUGUUCUCUGAUGGGAUUGGAAAGAUAUCAUCUGCUUUUGCUAUUGAAGUGGCCAUGAAGUGCAACCUGAAACGCUUUGCUCCUUCUGCUUUUCAAAUAAGGUAUGGUGGCUACAAAGGUGUUGUUGCUGUUGACCCUACAUCAUGCUGGAAGCUUUCCUUGAGAAAAAGCAUGUUAAAGUUUCAGUCAGAUAAUACCACAGUAGAUGUCCUUGCAUACAGCAAAUACCAGCCAGGCUUCCUUAAUCGGCAGCUAAUUACUCUUCUUUCAACACUUGGCGUUAGAGAUAGUGUCUUUGAACUGAAGCAAAAAGAAGCAGUGAAUCAGUUGAACAGAAUGGUUACUGAACCUCAAGCUGCAAUCGAAGCAAUUGAACUUAUGCCCAUGGGAGAAAUAACAAAUGCAGUUAAAGAGAUGUUGUUGUGUGGCUACAAGCCUGAUGAUGAACCAUAUCUUUCCAUGCUGUUACAAACUUUUAGAGCAUCCAAGUUACUAGAACUGAAAACCAAGUCACGGAUAUUCAUCCCAAAAGGACGAGCAAUGAUGGGAUGCUUGGACGAAACACGUACACUGAAGUAUGAGCAGGUGUUUAUUCAAGCUACUUCUAGUGCAAAUGACAAUGACAAGUUCAUUGUGACAGGAAAAGUUGUCAUUGCCAAAAAUCCUUGCCUCCACCCGGGUGAUAUACGGAUUCUCCAGGCUGUUGAUCUUCCAGUUCUGCACCACAUGGUUAACUGCGUCGUCUUUCCACAGCAAGGGCCAAGGCCUCAUCCAAAUGAGUGUUCAGGGAGUGAUCUUGAUGGGGACAUAUAUUUUGUUUCUUGGGAUUCAACUCUCAUCCCACCUCGCAUGGUGGCACCUAUGGACUAUACUCCAGCGCCAACAGAAACAUUAGACCAUGAUGUCACUAUUGAGGAAGUAGAAGAAUACUUCACAAAUUACAUAGUCAAUGAGAGUCUAGGAAUAAUUGCCAAUGCACAUGUAGUAUUUGCGGAUAAGGAAGAUCUUAAGGCUGAGAGUUCGCCAUGCAUCGAGCUGGCCAAGCUCUUCUCUAUCGCUGUUGAUUUCCCCAAAACUGGAGUGCCAGCUCAGAUUCGUCCUGAACUACAUGUGAAGGAGUAUCCUGAUUUCAUGGAGAAGCUUGACAAAGCCACAUAUGAAUCAAAGGGGGUAAUUGGGAAGCUCUACAGGGAAAUAAAGAAGCACACCCCUCAUAUAAAGCACUUCACAAUUGAUGUGGCAAGGCGGUCUUAUGACACUGAUUUGAUUGUCGAUGGGUAUGAAGAUUAUAUCACCGAAGCAAUGGCGUUGAAGGAAGAAUACGACUUCAAGUUGUGUAAUCUUAUGGACCACUAUGGAAUAAAAAGUGAGGCUGAAAUAAUAAGUGGAUGCAUUCUUAAGAUGGCAAAGAAUUUUACAAAGAAUAGUGACGCUGAUGCUGUCAGAUUGGCGGUGAGAUCUUUGCGUAAAGAAGCAAGGUCAUGGUUCAGUGAGAUGAGCUCAGAUGAUAAUGGAUAUGAUUAUGAUGCCUCGGAAGCCAAGGCAUCCGCUUGGUACCAUGUUACGUAUCACCCAGAAUACUGGGGUUGCUACAACGAAGGAUAUGAGCGGCCACAUCUCAUCAGCUUUCCAUGGUGUAUGUAUGAGAAGCUUUUGCGCAUUAAGCAAAGGAGGAAGUUCGUCAGGAAGAUGCAGCCUGAGUUGCUCACUCCCUACAACUUGAGAAUUGUUUGAGUCUCACCAGCAGGUUUGAUCUUGUACAUAUAUGUGAGCUUUUGCAUUGGGCAUGUCGAUUCUGGUGCUUGAAU